AUGGCCUAUCGUAGGAAAUACGGAUCCAUUGUGUUCCUUAGCCUGGGAUCUGUCCCCGCCGUUGUGAUCUCUUCUCCUGCUAUGGCAAAAGAGUUCCUCAAAACUCAUGAUUUGGUUUUUGCAACCAGACCAAACUGCAAGUUCGGAAAAUAUGUAUGCAAUGAUCAUCAAGACGUUGCGUUUAGCUCCUACGGGGCGUACUGGAGGCAUAGUAGAAAACUGUUGACGGUGGAGCUGCUCAGAGUAAAGAGAACUGAAUCUUUCAGAUUUGUAAGAGAGGAAGAAGUGUCCGCCAUGGUCGCCUCCAUCUGGCAAGAAAGCGGGGAAGGAACGCAGUGUGUGGAUGUGAAGAAGAGACUCUCUUCCGUCACACAAAAGAUUACCUGCAGAAUGUUUGCCAGCAGGACGUAUUCCGACAACGAUUUGAUUGGAGGGCUUGGCUUCAAACAAAUGGUUGACGAAAUGUUUACAGUGGCUGGUGCGUUUUGUAUUGGCGAUUUCAUCCCUUAUCUCGACUGGCUCGACUUGCACGGAUUCCGUCGUCGCAUGAAGGCCGUUCACAAAAUAUUCGACGGAUUUGCUGAAAAAGUAAUCGACGAACACAUAUUGGAUAAUGGAAAACGGAACAAGGAUCGGGUUAAGGAUAUUGUAGACGUGCUGCUCAGCAAGGCCGAAACGGAGAGCGAAACAAUCUCGAGAACCCACAUCAAAGCCACGAUCUUGGAUAUGUUAAAUGGGGGAACGGACACAUCGGUGACAUUGAUGGAGUGGGCAGUGAGUGAGCUGGUGAGGAAUCCUUCAACGUUGGCACGAGCGCAGCAAGAGUUGGAAUGUGCAGUGGGCCGAAAUCGCACAGUAAAGGAGAGUGACGUCAUGAAGCUCGACUACUUGCGAUGCGUGGUGAAGGAAACCUUUCGACUUCAUCCCCCACUUCCUCUGCUUGUUCCGCACGAGUCGAUGGAAGGGUGCAGUGUGGGAGGAUAUUUUAUUCCGCUAAAGACACGCUUGUAUGUGAAUGUGUGGGCGAUGGGAAGGGAUGAAAGCGUUUGGAAAGAUGCACAUCAGUUUAAGCCCGAGCGGUUCAUGGGGUGUAAUAAGGAUGUGAGAGGUCAGGACUUCGAUUUGCUGCCAUUCGGAACGGGAAGAAGAGCAUGCCCUGGAAUUUCCAUGGGUCUUUCUGUUAUCGAGUUGGCACUCGCUCAGCUAAUUCAUUGCUUUGAUUGGACUGUGGAGGGCGAGGUAGAUGUGGCGGAAGAGUUUGGAAUAAUAGCUCCCAGAAAAAAUCCGCUAUUUGCAAGCCCUAAAUGGAGACUCGCUACCGAAUAUCUUAGUUAA